CUCACCUGUGUUGUUUUUAUGCUUUUUAUGCAAGCCACACUAUCUUGUUUUCUCAGAUUGUUGUGUUAUAAUUAUCCACACACUGCCUGUUGCAGGUUGAUGGAUCGCAUGCAGCAGAAACAAAUCAGCACUGAGCCUUUUGGGCCCAAAGUGCAACCCAGUCCCUGUGCAUUCAUCAGAGCUGGUCCAGGUUUACUGCCGCAGCUCGCAGUCCAGGAACCACCUUUCAUUAGCCCAUCAGAGGUGCUCAAGAAACAGUCCGGAUUGAGCCCCACGCAGGCGGUAGUUGCACCAGUGAAACUGACGGACCAAACACAGUCAGGGCAGCCAAAGUCUGGGUCUGCUCCAGCAACACUGGCAAGCAUAAGCCGGCCAAGGCCGACUGUUCUUGGAACUAAACCUGCUCCAAAGACCACCAGAAUCUCAGUGAACCCCUCCAAGGAAAUACAUUUGAUUCCAGUUUGCAUCCCAGGACCUCAGAGUGCCAACGUCCUGCCGCAUUCCCCUACAGAGUCCUCCCUCUCCCCUCACAGCCCACAGAGUCCCCACAGCCCUCAGUCUUACACCAGCCAGCCUUACCUGAGCCCCAACCUUAGCCUCAGCCCCAAACCCAGCCUCAGUCCUCAGCCACAGAGGACCCCCUCACCUGGGAGCUCAACACAGAGCCAAGGGCAGUCCGAGAAGCCAGGGGAGAACAAUGACUUCAGGGUGUACAUUGUCACAUGGAACGUGGGAUCAGCUGUCCCGCCAGAUGACAUCACUUCUCUGUUCGGACCAAAUGUUUCAGAUGGGAGCGUUGACAUGUUUAUCAUCGGACUCCAGGAAGUCAACUCCAUGAUAAACAAGCGGCUGAAGGAUGUUCUUUUUUCAGACCAGUGGAGCGAGCUUUGCAUGGACACACUCAGUCCUUUUGGAUAUGUUUUGGUGGCGUCCCAGCGUAUGCAGGGAGUGCUGCUGCUGGUUUUCUCUAAAUUCUGCCAUCUUCCAUUCCUCAGAGGUGUGCAGACAGAGAGUACACGCACAGGACUCGGAGGAUAUUGGGGGAAUAAAGGGGGCGUCAGUGCGAGGAUGACAAUAUUUGGCCACCCGGUGUGCUUUCUCAACUGUCACCUGCCAGCUCACAUGAGGAACCUGGAGCAGCGGAUGGAGGACUUUGAGAGCAUCCUGCAGCAGCAGCAGUUUGAUGGAGGGACUGCCACCGGUGUACUGGACCAUGAUGUCGUGUUUUGGUUUGGGGAUUUAAAUUUCCGUAUUGAAGACUAUGACAUCCAUGUGGUGAAAAGUGCCAUCGACAGCAAUAAGCUGCCUCUUCUGUGGGAGCGAGAUCAGCUCAACAUGGCUAAAAACACAGAGUCCAUCCUGGAAGGCUUCAAUGAGGGACCACUCAAAUUCCCACCUACUUAUAAGUUUGAUGUGGGCACUCAUACGUACGACACCAGUGCUAAGAAGAGGAAACCUGCCUGGACGGAUCGCAUCCUCUGGCGUCUUCGCCGUACUGGCUCCCCAGUUCCUUCCCACAAUGCGGCGCUGCAGCGGGGUCUGACCUCGUGGUUGGGUGGUGCCACUAAAGUGACACAGCGUGUGUACCGAAGUCACAUGGGCUACACCAUCAGUGACCACAAGCCUGUUUCUGCUGUGUUUUCACUGCAUUUCCCCUUCAAGGUGGACAUGCCCCUGGUGGUGCUGCAGGUAAACAAGGAGUGGUGUAAAGUCUCAGAUGCUACAGUCAGAUUAGCUUUUGCAUCAACUUAUCAGCGCAGCUCAUGGGACUGGGUAGCGAUAUAUAAGAUCGGAUUCAGACAUCAUAAAGAUUACCAGGCAUACAUAUGGGCCAAGGGAGAGCAUUUGACUCAGGUGACAUUUUCAGAGGAGGAUAUGCCAAGAGAUGAUUGUGAAUACAUGCUGGGUUACUACAGCAACAAUAUGAACAGUAUUGUUGGAUUGUCAACACCAAUUCAGAUCAAGAUUCCAGUGCACAGCCCCACCGCGCAUCGCUCCGACAGCUCAGAUGUUAGCUCAGAAGACGACAGCACUCUGGUUCUGCUGGCUCCAAGCUCCCGCAGCCCGAGCCCUAAAACUGGCAAACACCACCAUCGCCACCGUCGUAGCCGCAGCCCGGCUGUCCCUGCUCUUUCCUCCAACUCCCUCCCCUCCCUGCAGGGCCUCAGCCUCUGUCCUCGCUCCAAAGAAGGUCAGGCGCGCAGCCGCUCACCCUGCUCUGCUGCUAAGAAGGAGCGAUUGGUCUCCCCUGAAACUGUGCACUCUCCCUCCAUCAGCCCGCUCAGUCCCCGCAGUCCUGUGUCUCCAGGUGGUGGGGUGACCGCACCAGAGGCCCUGAUUGCUGCCAUCUUAGGUGAACACAGACCAGCUCAGGUUAGCCCCACGGGGGUCAAACAGACAGGAAAGACAGGGGAAACAAACACUGCAUAAAACAUAAACAUCAGUUGUUAUAAGGAAGUACUGUACAAGGAGAACGAUGGCAAUAUCCAUGCAUUCAGAGUCUGAUCUGAUUUUACAAAGUCUCUGUGCUCGUAGAAGCAGCACAUUUAAUGACUCCUAACGUAGUUUGCAAACAUUCCGCAUUGUAGCCCUGCAGCUCUCUGUUUCUGAAUCUACCAUCAUCUCAUACACUAUGUGUAUCUUGGAGUCAAAGAUGUGUCCAGACUCCCGAUGACAAGUGCUUUAAUAGACUCAUGAGCUAUAUCAUACGUAAAACAUACAUAUUGAAUGUGAAACCAAAGUCAGAGUAAACCUGUGAUGGAUGUGAGCAGUGGUUAUUGAAUAUAGCAAUAUGGAUCCAUGUGAACAGUCUCAUAUCAAAGUAAGGACCCUGGACCAGAAGUAUUGAUGGUGUCAUAGUUCACAAUACUGUGAGAGAGUGUGUGUGUGUGUGUUUUUGUGUGUGUGUGUAGGUCUAUGUGUUAACACGUAAAUUAAAUGUGUGCAUUUUGGACCAGAUGAUGGUUUAACAUUUUAACUCUAUAGUUCUUGGUCUGUAUUCAUAAAAUGAAUUUAAUGUAUCCAAGAAAUAGAGAUAGAGCAUUUCAUCACCUCAGCCAAUCUGAAAUGUACAUGUGCACCAUGUGACUUGAACAGUAAUCAUGCUCUUUUUCUUAGCAGCUUUGUGAAUACAGCCCCUGUUCUAUAGAGGUCAGUGAGUGGAUGUUUAGGCUAACGUGUUUGUUUUGCUUUUAAGAAAAACAGUGUCAUGUAAUUGUGUG